ACAGUCCGGCCCGGUGCGUUGCCUUGCGAACUCGCCAAGCCACACUGGAUCUUAUAUUCUACGCAUUAAAGAAUAUAUUCAGGACAAAAUGAGGGAAUGCAUCUCAGUCCACAUCGGCCAAGCAGGCGUUCAAAUCGGGAACGCCUGCUGGGAGCUGUACUGCCUCGAGCACGGCAUUCAACCCGAUGGCCAAAUGCCUUCGGACAAGACUCUGGGCGGCGGAGACGACUCCUUCAACACCUUCUUCAGUGAGACUGGAGCGGGCAAGCACGUGCCCAGGGCGGUGUUCGUUGAUCUGGAACCUACAGUUGUUGACGAGGUCCGCACGGGCACGUACCGCCAGCUAUUUCACCCGGAGCAGCUGAUCACUGGCAAAGAGGACGCGGCGAAUAACUAUGCGCGCGGACACUACACCAUUGGCAAGGAGAUCGUGGACGUCGUGCUCGACAGGAUCAGGAAACUCGCCGACCAGUGUACCGGCCUGCAGGGCUUCCUGGUAUUCCACUCGUUCGGCGGCGGCACUGGCUCCGGCUUCACGUCGCUGCUGAUGGAGCGCCUCUCCGUCGACUACGGAAAGAAGUCCAAGCUCGAGUUCUCCAUCUACCCUGCGCCACAGGUGUCGACAGCGGUGGUGGAGCCGUACAACUCGAUCCUGACGACGCAUACAACGCUCGAGCACUCGGACUGCGCCUUCAUGGUGGACAAUGAGGCCAUCUACGACAUCUGUCGGAGAAACCUAGACAUCGAGCGCCCCACCUACACCAAUCUCAACCGGCUCAUCGGACAGAUCGUGUCAUCGAUCACGGCGUCUCUACGGUUCGACGGCGCGCUGAACGUGGACCUGACGGAGUUCCAGACCAACCUGGUGCCGUACCCGCGCAUCCACUUCCCGCUCGCCACGUACGCGCCCGUCAUCUCCGCGGAGAAGGCCUACCACGAGCAGCUCACCGUCGCCGAGAUCACCAACGCCUGCUUCGAGCCCGCUAACCAGAUGGUGAAAUGCGACCCCCGUCACGGCAAGUACAUGGCAUGCUGCAUGCUGUACAGAGGAGACGUGGUGCCGAAGGAUGUGAACGCAGCCAUCGCAACCAUCAAGACCAAGAGAACCAUCCAGUUUGUCGACUGGUGCCCCACGGGAUUCAAGGUGGGCAUCAACUACCAGCCGCCGACUGUGGUGCCGGGCGGCGACCUGGCCAAGGUGCAGCGCGCCGUCUGCAUGCUGUCCAACACCACCGCCAUCGCUGAAGCCUGGGCCAGAUUGGAUCACAAGUUCGAUUUGAUGUACGCCAAGCGCGCUUUCGUGCACUGGUAUGUCGGCGAGGGAAUGGAGGAGGGAGAGUUCUCUGAGGCCCGCGAGGACUUAGCCGCCCUAGAGAAGGACUACGAGGAAGUCGGAGUUGACUCUACGGAGGGAGAGUUGGAUGACGAAAACGAAUACUAAGCCCUAAUAAUCGGUACAUUCGGAAACAUAGUAUUAAGAUGAUAGUUUCCCCAAUAAAAAAAAAUAACGUAUUUUAACCGAUUGACCAAAAUAUAACUAAUUUCAUUCAUAACAAGUUUCUCCUCAUUAUAUAAAGUUAUUAAGUGUAUUUAUUUUUUCAAGAUUGUGUAUUAAUUAAUUAUAUCAGAACGUAUGUAGUUCAACUGAUGUUUACGAAAUAUUACAUUAUCACAGUCACGUGUAUUUUGUAUACUCUACUCUGUGAUCAGAGACAUAGAGUAGAAUAACAAGAAAAAAAAGUAAACUACUUCUAGACUCAAGACUAUACACUCAUACACGUAUACUUUGGUAUACCUACACCUGACAUGUUAACAUCAAAAACAAUAAAAUAAUCAAAAAAUAUCAUUCUAAGUUAAAAAUUAUUAGAUGUAAGAAAAACAACGUGAGCUUGACUAAUUACAAGGAUGUUUGAAUUAACAGUACAAACUUUUGAAAAAUUAUUUCCUUACGUGAAAUGUAAAGUUUGUCGCUCUGUAACAUGUGAGUUUGAUUUGCUAAAAUACAGCAUCAUUUAUUAAUUUACAAACAAAACAAAGUGAUAAUAUAUUUUAUUUUCGUCAUAAUGUAAUAGGAUUAGUGAAAUCUUUUAUAUUUUUUGUAAAAGGCUAACUUAUUAAGGUUUAUUAUAAUUAUGCUUUAAUAUGAAAUGGUAACAUAAAUGUGGAUAAUUUAUUAUAAUUGCACAUUAAAUUUUUUACCCUC